UCGGCCCGCCCGCCCCGGCGUGAGCAUGGCCGGGUUCGCCGACCUGAACCUGCCGCAGGGGCCCGACAAGAAGUCCCUGCAGAGCCUGCUGGAGGCCGCGGCGCACUUGGGAUAUUCUGCAGUUGCUCUUAACCAUGUCAUCGAUUUUAAAGAAAAGAAACAGGAAAUCAUCAAGCCAGUAUCUCCUUCAGAGUUGUUUCCAUCUUUGCCUAUUGUACAAGGGACAUCUAAAAGAAUUAAAGUCUUAACCCGGCUAACACUUGUUGUUUCUGAUCCUUCCCACUGUAAUCUCUUGAGAUCAACAUCUGCAAAUAUAAGGUUAUAUGACAUCAUAGCAGUAUUUCCAAAGACUGAGAAACUGUUCCACAUCGCUUGCACAACUCUAGAUGUGGAUCUGGUAUGCAUAAAUGUAACAGAAAAGCUGCCAUUCUACUUCCGAAGGCCCCCUGUGAAUAUGGCAAUAGAUCGAGGCAUUUACUUUGAACUUCUUUACACGCCUGCCAUCAAAGACUCCACAAUGAGAAGAUACACAAUUUCCAAUGCAAUCAGCCUGAUGCAGAUCUGCAAAGGAAAGAACAUAGUUAUAUCUAGUGCAGCUGAAAGGCCUCUGGAACUACGAGGUCCUUAUGACGUGGCUAAUCUAGGUUUGCUGUUUGGCCUGUCGGAAAGCGAAGCAAAGGCAGCCGUGUCCACCAACUGCAGAGCCACCAUGCUUCAUGGAGAAACUCGGAAGACUGCCUGUGGGGUGGUGUACACAGUGAAGAAGCCUCGCAAGGUUGAGGAGGAGGAAACAACAGUGCCAGCCUGCAAAAAAGCUAAGACUCAAGCUUGAGGACUGAAACAACUGUAAACAGGAGCCUCUUCUUUACCUAGUGUUGAGUCUUCCUUCACCCUCCAGCCCAAGUCCUCCCUUACUACUUUGUUUAGCCUGGAGAAGAAUUGUUCCUCUGGUGUUCAAGUGAGGAAAGCUGUGUGAAUGAGACUGCUGAAUGUUAGUUCACCACAUCUGAAAGGUCAUGCUGGGCUUCUGGCCAGGAGACUGACUCUUCACCUGGCCUUAGGUCUCCUGGAAUUAGUGCAAAGUCAAUUGAACAUUUCUAUCAUGGAAAUUUUCACUUGUACAUGUGCAUUCCUUUUUUAUUAAACGUGUUUCUAAGAACACAUGCCUUCAUA